AUGAUUACUCCUCGGUUUAGCUGUAGUCAAACCGAAUCAAGCGUGAUAAUCUCAAUAUACUGCCCUUCCAUUCGUGCAGCAGACUUGGAGAUAAACGUCGACGACACGCUCGUCACCGUUCAUGUCAACCCAUACUUUCUGCGACUGCAUUUUUCGAAGCCGUUGCUCGAAGAUGAUGGUUCUUCAGCCAAAUACGAUCCAAGCUCCGGAUAUCUCACCGUGACGCUCACAAAAGAGAACAAGAACGAGGUGUUUGAUGACCUUGAUCUGUUGGCCAAACUAUUGGCUCCUCUAAGGACUGCAGAAUCUGGACCGUCGCCUUCAAUUGAGGUGUUGUCGUCUGGGACGUAUACCGAAGAUGAAGAUGAACUUGCAUCAAAAACAGAGGCUCUGUCUUUAGAGCGGGACGAUGUCAUUGACGCCGCUGAAAAUGAUUGGCAGCUGCCUCAGGAGGUCCCUGCGCCAUUGCCGCCACUUAAAGCCUCUCGGCAAGCUCAUUACGGCUUCUUGGACAUGCACUCUGGAUAUCUAAAGCAUGCGACGCACACGGAGAAUGAGGUCAAUGAGCUCGGUGACGAUGCCGAGGUGUGCAACAUGGAAGAACGGCGAGCACGAAGAUUAAAACACGAGGACGAAAAGUGGGACGAAGAACACUAUAUGGCUGACUACAUGGACGACGAAUACAUCCAAGAAUUAUUAGCCUGGAAGCACCCUCAUAUUUCUGACAGCCGUCCGUUCGAAUACAACGAAAAGGAGAACAUGCAAAUGUUACGCUUGCCACGGAGAGAAUAUCUCGCGACGGCCAACCAGACCCAUGACCUCUAUCUAGCUCUCAUCCCCCUUUUGUUCGCGUACGCCUAUGAUGAGAGAACCACCCUGCGUGAUCCUACUCCGGAGAGCGCCUGGACUAUCUGCAACCUCGUUCCAGCCUUCACUGCGCUAGAACCUCCACGGCCUUCAUACUACAGAGGAGGCCCCCAUGUCUUCUCGCCGGAUGAAUUGAAAGAAUCGCUCGUGCCGUCCUAUCGACGGUCUCUUGCAUUCCCCUUGUAUCGCUCCUUCAUGCUGGCCGAAAAAUGCCUCCAAGAUGUUGCCCACUUCCUCCAAAAGGGCCAACGGACGGUCAUGCGAUGUCUUCUCGAGAUGAAAGACAUUCUCGAUCACCACGAGGUAUAUUAUGUCUAUAGUAAAAUCUGGGUUGACGAUUUCUGCGUUUGGAUACAAGCAGACGCCGAUGAUGAGAUACUACAGCAGCUAGGGACUGCUUUGAGGAACGUAGAGGUGGACAAAGCUUCCAUCGGAUGGGACCUUGAAGAGCUUGAAGCUGCGGCCAGCAGGACUGAGGAACGAGAGAAUGACAGUGACGAUGAAACAACGGACGAUGAAUAG